AGCCCGCCACUGCGUCGCUCGCAGACUCCGCCCGCUAAUCACAUCCCCCAACUCCGGUGACCCGGCGGCGAAUGGAGGGCGGUGGUGGGAAGCGAUGGCGCUUCGCGACUCCCAAUCCGGCGGUGGCGGCGGCCGGGGAGCGGAGCAUCCAGCGGUACCUCCUCCAGCUGCACGCUUGCCUGGACGAGCACGGCCCGCGGCCCGUCAUCCCGCUCAGCCAGGGCGACCCCUCCUCCUCCCCCUGCUUCCGCACCGCGCCUGAGGCGGAGGAAGCCGUCGCCGCCGCCGUUCGCUCCGGCGACUACAACGGCUACACCUCCCCCGCCACCAGCCUCCCCGCUCGCCGAGCUGUUGCAGAGUACCUAUCCUGUGAUCUCCCUUACAAGCUUUGUACAGAUGAUAUUUUGCUGACUUCUGGAUGUACCCAAGCAAUCGAGAUUGUUAUGUCUGUUUUUGGCCAACCAGGUGCCAAUAUAUUGCUUCCAAAGCCUGGCUACCCCAAACAUGAAGCACAUGCAGUGUUUCACAGGAUGGAAGUCCGACGCUAUGAUCUUGUUCCAGAGAGAGGAUGGGAGGUUGAUCUUGAAGCUGUUGAAGCUUUAGCAGAUGAGAAUACCGUUGCAAUAUUGAUUACUAACCCUAACAACCCUUGUGGUAAUGUGUACACUUAUGAGCAUCUCUCCAAGAUUGCUGAUACAGCAAGCAAGCUCAGUCUGUUGGUCAUUGCUGAUGAAGUAUAUGGUCGCCUUGUUUAUGGAAGCACUCCUUUUGUGCCAAUGGGUCUCUUUGGAGAGACCGUUCCAGUACUCACUUUGGGAGCUAUAUCAAAGAGAUGGGUUGUCCCGGGUUGGAGAUUCGGGUGGAUAGCAAUUUGUGACCCUAAAGGCAUUCUGAAGGAAACCAAGGUGGUCGAUUCACUCAGAAGCUUUCGAAUGCUAACAACAGAUCCUGCAACAUUUAUUCAGGGAGCUAUUCCUCAUAUUAUGAACAACACAAAUGAUGAAUUCUUCAGCAAGACUAUUGAAUUGUUAAAGGAAACUGCUGAGAUAUGUUAUGGUGAAAUAAAGGAAAUAAAGUGCAUCACCUGUCCUCACAAACCAGAGGGGUCAUUUUUUAUGAUGGUAAAACUUGAUCUAUCACAAUUAUCGGACAUUGGUGAUGACAUCGAUUUCUGCAAAAAGUUGGCAAAGGAGGAGUCUGUUAUACUUAUGCCUGGGAGAGGCUUGGGCAUGGAAAACUGGUUGCGCAUCACCUUUGCACUGGAUCCACCAAAGCUAAAGCAAGGACUCGAAAGGGUGAAGUCCUUUUGCCGGAGGCAUCAAUCACAUUCCAAUUGAGUUCAACAUAGGUGUCUCCGCGAAAAUGAAGCACCAACUUGGAAUGGCAGAAAGUUAUAUAAAGUUGUACAACUCCUGGAUGUUUUACUUCUUCUACCUGUACAUGUUUGGUGCAAGAAGAAAGGUUUACAAAAUCUGGAUCCUAAUCCCAAUGCUCGUUGGAAUUUCUAAAGUUGCCAGGCCUCCAUUUUCUACAUGAAUAAAUAAAACAAAAUAAAUAAACUGCUUGCUGUAAGCCACCACAAAUUCUGAGUUUUAAAAGUUAGAACGUUUGGAACCCCAAAAGGCACUACAGCUUCGAUGUUUAAUGAGCGAUAAUAGGACUUUUUCACGGUACUCCAUAUUUAGUUUAGACCAUCCAUUUGAGACUAAUCUAAUGGAUGUCAUUAAUCUUACCACAUCGGAGGUAAUACAUGAUAGAAAAGGAAAGAAAUAAAGAAAUAAAAUUAUGUAACCUGCUAUAGAACGUAUUGGGGCCAAUAAAGCAGGUAAUGAAUGCAUGAUUGGCCUGUCAUUUUUUUUAC